AUGUUAGUUCUUCAACGAAUCCCGAAGCGUGCUCUUCAAUUUAAUGGGGUUACAGGCACCGUGUGCAGUACUAGACUCUUCCAUCAUGCAUUUAAUUUAAAUCUUCAACAAAGUUUUGUGCCUUCUGAGGAAAGACGGUACAGAAAUUCGAACCGUGGAUUUACCAGAGGUAGUGACAGUAAUAGCAAUAACAAAUAUCGCAAUAGCAGUUAUGAUGAUAACCGCUCACGUUCUAACUAUGGGGGUGAUAAAAGAAAUAACAGAAACAAUAACAACUAUGGCAAUAAUCGCAACAAUGGUAGUAGAAGAAGAUAUCAGGAUGAAAAUUCAGAUAUUGAAGUUUUCAAGAGCAAAUCCUUCAAUGUUACCACUUUAAAUCCAGAGUCCUUCCAUGAACAAGUCACUAUUGACUCUUUGUUGGAGGAAUCCCUAUUAGACGCAAAUGUUCAUAAGGCUAUUUCUGCCAUGAAAUUUGAAUCAUUAACUCCUGUACAGCAACGAACAAUAAAGCCUAUUUUAACCACUGAAAAUGAUGUUGUCGCCAAAGCGAAAACAGGUACUGGUAAAACUUUGGCUUUCUUAGCUCCAUUAUUCCAACACCUAAUUUCAACAAAGUUACAAAACCCUCUUGCAGUUAAAGCUGUCAUUGUCACUCCAACUAGAGAUUUAGCUAUUCAAAUUGCUAGUGAAGUCAAAAAGUUACAACAAUGCAACCCUUCUUUGAAGUCAUAUCGUUCCUUGACUUUAAUUGGUGGCACGAACUUAGAUAAAUCCUUGAAAGAUCUACACACUUUGAAUCCUAAUAUUAUUGUCGGUACACCGGGUAGAAUUAACGAUAUUUUGGAUAGAGUUGGGGCUAAAUAUUUCAAAGAUGUUGAUUUCAAGGUUUUGGAUGAAGCUGAUACUCUUUUACAAAUUGGUUUCCAAACAGAGUUAUCCCUCAUCUCGAGAAAGUUGAACGAAUUUAAUACUCAAGGAGAAGAACACAUCAGAACAUUGUUGUUUUCUGCUACUAUGGAUCAUAAUGUUCAGGAAUUAGCGGCAACUAUCAUGAAUAAAAAGGAUUGUUUAUUUAUUGACACUGUGGAUAAAAAUGACUCUGAAGCGCACGAUAGCAUCGAUCAAAAACUUGUUAUCACCAAAAGUUUUGCUGAGAGCAUGGUUGCCCUCAUUCAGUCUAUUGAAUCGGAGUUGCUACAAAAGAAGAACUUCAAAGCUAUUUUGUUCUUGCCUACCGUGAAAUUUGUCGAUUUCUUCUCUGAGACUCUAAGCGAAUCUUUGACCAAGAGAAUUGAUAUCAUUAAAUUCCAUGGUAAAAUUGAUCAAAAGAAAAGAACCAAGUUGGUAGACAGGUUCAAAAAGACGAACCAUGGUAUCUUUGUUUGUACCGAUGUGGGUGCCCGUGGUAUGCAUUUCCCGUCUGUUGAACAUGUUUACCAAUUAUGCGUUCCAACCAGCUUACCCAACUAUAUUCACAGAAUUGGUAGGACAGCUCGUGCUGGCGAGUCCGGUGCUGCUACAAUUUUCUUAUUCAGAGAAGAAUUGAAAUUCGUGGACGAAUUGAGAAGAGACACUAAUGUUGUCAUUAAGAACCAAGAAGACUACCUAAAUCAAGAUAAAGAAAAUUUUGAUAUGAUUUCAUCUAUCAUAACUAAUAAUCCCGACUUCCCUGAAGCUUUGAAAUCCAUCAUUGGUUUCUAUAAAGGUGUUCAAAAUGAAUACAGACUCAAUUACAAGGUUGCUCAGAACGUUUUACGUUCUUUCUCCGAAUUGCACAGCGAUUCAAGCAUGUUACUACGCUUCAGACCUUCCGAAAUCAACAAUUUCUUUUCUAAUAGAGAUAUGCGGUUUGUAUCAGAUCUUAUCGAUGUGAAAAACCCACAUUCCUUCGGAAAAGAUCGUGAAUUUGAUGACGAAGAUAGAUAUACAUCUCGUUCCCAAAACAAUUAUAAAUCUAAGCAAUCAAGCAAAAGUAACCGUUUUGAAGGUAGAAAUGACUACUCAAAUUCACGUCGUUCUCACGCCAACCAAAAAAGAAACUUCACCUUUGAUGAUUGA